GCACAGAGCAGAUCUGCUGGUAGGUGGUGCUAGAACUGAAUCCUGGAAGAAUAGUACAUGACAUAAUACAGGAAGGAGCUCUGGGGAACACGCUGCUUCCACUGCCUGCUGUGCAGCCUGACUUACCUGGGUAUUACUGGGGGACCUGGGCCUCACUACAACAUCUCAACAGGUUGUUUCUGAGUUACCCCUUGCCAUUAUGAGAUGUCGUCCCUAACCGCUUCGUUUGUGCAAAUUAAAUUUAACGACCUUCAGUUUUAUGAAAGCUGUGGAGGUGGAAGUUUUGGGAGUGUUUACAGAGCACAAUGGCUGUCACAAGACAAGGAGGUAGCAGUGAAAAAGCUUCUCAAAAUAGAAAAAGAGGCAGAAAUACUCAGCAUGCUCAGUCACAGGAACAUCAUCCAGUUUUAUGGAGCGGUACUUGAACCGCCUAAUUACUGUAUUGUUACAGAAUAUGCUGCUGGUGGAUCGUUAUAUGACUACAUUAAUAGUAACCGGAGCGAAGAUAUGGACAUGGAGCACAUCAUGGCUUGGGCAACAGACGUAGCAAAAGGAAUGCAUUAUUUGCAUAUGGAAGCUCCGAUCCGAGUAAUACACAGAGACCUCAAAUCUAGAAAUGUUGUUAUCACAAUUGAUGGCGUAUUAAAGAUAUGUGAUUUUGGGGCCUCUAAGUUCCACACUCACACAACCCAUAUGUCCCUUGUAGGGACCUUCCCUUGGAUGGCCCCAGAAGUAAUUCAGAGCCUGCCUGUGUCUGAAACAUGUGACACAUAUUCUUACGGAGUGGUUCUCUGGGAAAUGCUAACAAGGGAGGUUCCUUUUAAAGGCUUGGAAGGGCUGCAAGUAGCUUGGCUUGUCGUUGAGAAAAACGAGAGACUAACCAUUCCAAGCUCUUGUCCCAGAAGUUUUGAUGUACUGAUGCGCCAAUGUUGGGAAGCAGACGCAAAGAAAAGACCCUCGUUCAAACAGAUUAUUUCAAAUCUAGAAUCCAUGUCAAAUGACAGCAAACUCCCAGACCAGUGUAACUCAUUCUUACAUAACAAAGCGGAGUGGAGGUGUGAAAUUGAAGAAACCUUGGAGAGGCUUAAAAAGCUGGAGCGGGAUCUAAGUUUUAAAGAACAGGAGCUAAGGGAGCGUGAGAAACGUUUAAAGAUGUGGGAGAAAAAGCUCACAGAACAGUCUCAUACCCCUCUGCUGCCUUCUUUUGAUAUUUACUCAUGGACAGAAGAAGAUGUGUACUUCUGGAUUCAACAACUGGUGAAAACAGAUGAUGCUUCCGACUUGCAGAGUAUGUAUGCUACACUAUUCAAGGAGCAUCACAUUACUGGCAAAAGACUGCUACUUUUGGAAGAAAGUGAUCUAAAGUACAUGGGAAUCGUCUCCAAGGGACAUAUCAUCCAUUUAAAGACUGCGAUUGAAAAACUAACACAUGAUUAUCUAAAUCUUUUUCAUUUUCCUCCGCUAAUGAAGGAUCUUGCGUUGGAAAAGGAAUAUGAUGAAAAAAUUGUUAAUCUAGAACUCGUUUUUGGAUAUCACUUGAAAUCAGGCAAUAGCCCAGAGGACUGCAAAUGGAAAAUGUAUAUGGAGUUAGAUGGAGAUGAAAUUGCAAUAACAUACAUUAAAGAUGUCACUUUCAUCAGAAAUCAAUCAGACGCAGAAGUUCUCAGGAUGACAAAGCCACCAUUCGUAAUGGAGAAAUGGAUCGUAGGAAUUGCUGCAAAUGAAACUGUUGAGUGCAUUGUGACUUAUGAGACUGAUGUCAGAACUCCAAAAUUAACAAAACACAUUCACAAAAUUGACUGGAACACGAUAAAAAUGCAAGACGCAGUGAAGUCAGUCCAACUCACAAUAAAACCGUCGCUACUAAACUCUGAAAGCAAGCCCAGCAACAACAAUUCAAGUGUUGAUUGUCAGUGGAUCUACACCCUACGAAUGCGCCAGAUGGCCACUCACACAUCUCCCCAACAUACAUCAGGCCUUCCUCGUUCUCAAUCUUCCAGCCUUACAAACUUAUCUCAAAUAUUACCAUAUCUGCAUGACCAAGAAUCGUACGCUGCUGCCGUAAGACGAACACGUGUCAGUUCAACCUUACAAGUUACACCCAUCAAUUACUCACGUAGCUCAUCACCAACACAUUUUGGACUUUCAAAAAAUAUGGCCUCCUUAUCAAUUCAAAGUUCCAAAUGUAGCAGUGCAUCAAGUACAGCCUCCGAUAGCCCUUCCGAGAGAGAGAGAUCACGUGUCCAUGCUAAUUAUCACAGAAAUGCUCAUAGCACAUCCAUGCAGAGGAGAAGUGGUGAAAAAAGUCAUCAUAGUAGCUCAGGAAAGUAUAACAAAUCUUACCAGCUGACACAAAAUAAUUCAAGGUCUCAUGAACCCCGACAUUAUAGAACUGUACAGAACCAGACUAGGCAUAUACCAGGAAUGCCAGUAGAAACAUCUGCUACUAACGGGGAAGAAAGCAAGGCUAAUAAUGAUAAUGGUUGGAUAAAAGUGGAUUACUCAAAAAAAUCCCAUAAGCAGCCUUUGGUAAACAAGUCAAAAAAAGAGAAAUCCAAGGCCUUUGGACGUAGUAGACAAUAGUUAAAAGGCGGACUAUUAUUUAUACAAAAAUAUACUAUAUAUCUAAGUUAAUUGGAUUUAUCAAUUGUAUUUUUUUUAUA